CCCCCAACCUCGUGUCAUCUCCUCUCUUCCCCACGCGCUGCCAAUUGCGGACUCCGCGCACCUCACCUCACCAGCCGCAUCCACCGGCUGCUGCUGCUGCUGCCGCCGCGCCCUUCCCCCGCCUUCCUCCUCCUAAUAAUUGCCGCGAUUCCACGAGCCGCGGCGGCGUCGAGCAACCUCGCUCGCUGCUCCUUAUUAUACCACCGCCCACUGCGCUGCUAGCCCCCCGCGCCGCGACGACUAGCUGAGCUAAGCUCUGUAUACUAAGGCUGUCCGGAGAGGAGAGAUGAAGCUCCCGUUGCUGCGGCCGCUGUGGCCGGGGCUUGCGCCGGCGGCCGGGUCGCCGGACUCGGCGCCCGAGCCGUCCAAGCCGUCGCUGCCCGCAGCGUGGCUGCUGCUGCACGCGCUCUUCUGCGCCACCUCCAUGGCCGUCGGCUUCAGGUUCUCGCGCCUCAUCGUCUACCUCCUCUUCCUCCCUACCCCGCCUAUUGAUCCCACCGCCCACCUCGUCUCGCUCGUCUCCCCGCCGGUUAUGCUCGCCGCCGCCAACGCGACCACCACUAUCACCACCACCACCACGACCACCACCACGACCGUGACGACCACCACGGUGGCCGCCGAGAUCGGGGCCCACCCGCACCGCCACGGCCCGGUGUUCGUCGGCCGCCACCCGAUCCGCGUCCGCCAAUGGCCGCACCCGGACCCCGCCGAGCUGCUCAAGGCGCACCACAUCCUCGCCGCCGUGCAGAACGCGCAGCGCAGCAACCGUCGCCGCGGGGCCGGCCAGCCGAGGCCCGUCAUUGCCGUCACCCCGACCACCAACUCCGCGCUCCAGGUGCCGUCCCUCACGUCUAUGGCGCACACCCUCCGCCUCGUGGACGGCCCGCUAACGUGGAUCGUCGUCGAGCCUGAGCACCGCACCGACGCCGUCGCCGCCGUGCUGUCCCGCUCCAGCCUCAACUUCGUCCAUAUCGCCGGUCCCGAGUCCUCCACCGCGCGCCUGCGGAUGCACGCCCUGAGGGAGAUACGGAAGCAGAAGAUGGACGGCGUCGUGGUGUUCGCCGAUGAGAACAGCAUCCUCCGCACGGAGCUAUUCGACGAGGCGCAGAAGGUGAAGUCGGUGGGUGCCGUGCCCGUCGGCGUCCUGGGCGAGGACGAAGGCACCAGCGAGACGUUCCUCCAGGCGCCGGCGUGCGACGCGGAGGGGAAGCUGGUGGGCUACCACGUGUCGGAGGAGACCGUGCUGCCGGCGAACCGGGGCGACAUGCUGCUGUCGAGCAGGCUGGAGUGGGCCGGGUUCGUGGUGAACGCGCAGGCGCUCUGGGAGGGCGCGGCGGGGCGCCCCGAGUGGGUGCGCGACAUCGACGCCAUCGACGACGGCGCCGCCGCCAGCCCUCUCUCGCUGGUCAUCGACACCGCCCGCGUCGAGCCGCUCGCCAGCUGCGCCCAGACCGCCCUGGCGUGGUCCCACCGGUCAGACUCCUUCCACGAGGUCAAAUUCCCACACGAAUGGAAAAUUGACCCUCCUCUGGUAACCAUCGCUUCCCAACAACAAGCUGUCAAACCAGAAACACCACUCAAGCGGACAACGCUAUUGAACACUGAAGAUAAGCACUAAGAGGCCAUUUUUUGUUGGAAACUAGAAAUCAGAUCAGGACCAUACUUCUAUGGCUCACUAGAUCUGCCUAAAAAAUCGUCACCGAUGCAUCCAUGCCUCGUCGGCGCCAAGUGCUCUCAAAGUAACAUAAAACUACUCAGCUCAGCUCAGCUCAUUUCUUUGGACUCUACAGAAGUCAUAGACAGUACAUGUAAUCUUGGGAUAAAUCAUCGCGCAUAUCUUGUACCACUGUGUAAAAUAGAUAAAGUUUAAUUAUAUGUGCCAUGUCACUUAUCUGGUAGAUAGAAAACUAGGCAUAUUAUUUUUGUGUAAUAUAGAUCAGAGCAGGGACUUUAAAAAAAUUGGUGUGGUCUGGGUCUCUGGGAGUUAAACCAUUGCUUGUAUACUCGUCUGAAAUAAUAACAAUCCAUUUUUCAUUCUCGUCCUG